GUAGAUACUCCUAUUCAUAUCCACCUUCCUGCAGUACCCGAUGUCGAGUCUUCCAAUAUUACAUCUUUGAGAUAUACGCGGUACAUAUUCGAGGACCGGAAGAAACCUCGUUCAGCCUUGGGAAUUAUGCUAGGCUUAUCAUGUUAUCAUUUGAUAAUCGAAUAUUCAACCAGUCGACCACCAUCAGUCAAUCAUAUAACAAACAGUGUGAGACUGCGACAGUAGAAACCUCCGAAGGCGAAGAAGUGUGUAAUUCAACGUCAUUUGACAUUCACCAUCAUCAUUAGAUCCCAACUGGUGAGGUGAGAAAGUCCAAAUCUAUAUUCGUGUGUCUGUUUGAUUGAAGUCUCCAAUUUUUACGGAUACAACCGUAUCGGCACUUUGGAAUCUUUUUGAUACACCAACGAAAAGAAAAGGGAAGAAAAAAAAAGUUCUCGAACAUCAGCCCAAAAGUUUCUCCCAAGGUUUUCUCCUAAGAAGAAGAAGGUGACCCCCACUAGAAGAUAUCCACUUCAUAUCAAGAAACCGUAGCCCCUUCCGAUUUGUGACGUGCGGAAGCGCCACUUUGAUCUACUUCGUACCCACGCCUACCCAGCUUGACUGUGUGGAUUUUCUUGAAUUGCGCCUGAGCCACUGCAUUAUUGACUGGUCAUUGGAUUAUUGAAGUGGGAUUGGGAUUGGGAUGGAGAGAAAGAGUAGGCAAAAGGGUACCUCAAUACCGAAGAAAGGAGAGAGAAAGAGAGAUUGCGACAAAUAUACUAGUAACAAUAGGGUAAGGACGAAAUCUUUGAUAUACAAAAUACAAAGAAGGACUAGAGCAAAGAUAACUAAAGGAAGAGGUCAUAAUUUGUGAUUUCUUUUUAAAUCCUUUUUACUCUCAUAUGGUUAUUGUCCUUUACAUAUACCUGCGCAGUACAUUGGCUGCAGAAAAGAAAGAGCGAUUUGCAACUAGCAUUACUACUUUCGCACACUUCCUUGGUAACUGCUUUGGAAAGGAAGUCGCCGAUACGAGUGGAGUAUAAGUAUUUCUCAAUAUUCGGAGCUCACUACUUGACAACUUUGCAACAACAUAUCAAGCACACGAAACGAUCGAGGGAUUCUCUUUCCCGUCGACGCAAAACAACUUUUGAAUCAAUAUUUUUCACAUAAGCAUACGGCCAAUCUACGAGGUGAUAGGGAGUUAUGCCUAAUUUCUUUGGAGGCGUUACUGGCAGAGGUGUUUCGACACUUUUUGAGAUACGUCUUGACGAGGAAAUUAUCGUUCUUCGAGGAGGUGAAAAUGAAGCUUCGAGUCAAUUGCUCAAGGGAUCAGUAGUUUUAUGCCUGCCAGCUGCUUUAAAAGUGGAAGAUGUACAUCUUCGUAUGACUGGGCAAUUGAAAGUUGGGUGGAAUGAUCAGCGAGUCACACCUACCGGUAUUUCGAAUAAUCGAGUCGAUAGAACUACUGAGAUCUUCAGUCAUAGAUGGGCUCCAUUUGUUGGCGGAGCAGGGCCUGGUUCUUCCUCAAAGGGAUUACUUCUACCAACAGGAAAUUAUGAAUGGCCAUUCGAACUCGUCAUUCCAGGGUCCAUGUCAGAAAGUGUGGAGGGUUUGAAUGACAGCCACAUUAUUUACAAAUUGAAGGCAACAGUCGCUCGAGGAAAAUUGGCAUACGAUUUACAUGCUUGGAAACCAGUGCGAAUCGUUCGAACUUUGGACCCUUCAGCACUGGAAUUGGCUCACGCCAUGACAGUCGAGAAUGUUUGGCCAAACAAAAUCGAAUAUCAACUGGUUAUACCACAAAAGGCUAUAGUAUUUGGUACUGCGAUCACCAUCGAGAUGCGAUUCACCUCUUUGUUGAAAGGCUUAAAAAUCGGCAAGAUAAAGUGUCAUUUGAUCGAAGUACAAGAAUUUGUUCUCCCGGGAACAUCUACGACUUCGGAUAGAUAUUGGAAAAACUCUAGAGAUGUGGAUGCUUGGACCUUUGAACUGAAUGAAGAAGAGCAUUAUCAAGAUAUGCUUGACGACAGUGGACAAGAUGGUUUCAAAAUGACCGAAUUCAUGCCUUUGCCAAAAAGGUUGAGCAGAUGCAUACAAGAUGUAGACGUGCAUGGUAUCAAAAUUCGCCACAAGGUCAAAUUCAACAUUGCAUUACACAACCCAGAUGGGCAUAUUUCAGAACUCCGCGCAACGCUACCAGUCACAAUCUUCAUUUCGCCCAACAUGCCAUUAACUGCCGAAGGUGCUUUAGUGGAUCAGACACCAACAACUAAUACCCAAUCAACUGCAGUCUCAGCACAUGCACCACCUCUUUAUGGAGAGCACGUAUUAGAUCAACUUUACGCCGACAUGGAUCAAUCUGGACUAAUGACCCCUAUGCCGCAAUCUGGAAUGAACACUCCAUUUUAUGCCCAGUCUCGAGCAGGUUCAUCGGAGAAUCUUUCCACCUCCCCAGAAUCUCAUCAUCCGGCCGGCGCCGUUCCCCCUGCAGCAUUGUCAUCCAGGCUUCAAAAUUUAAAUACCAAUUUAAAUUCUGGCAGGAAUAGCUUUUUGAGGCGAUAUGGAGGAUCUGGAUCAGGAGGAACUACUCCUCACCAUAACGAUGAUCACCAAGGAAGUUAUUUUGAUUCACAUCAUGGCCAUUCUGCUUCUUCAGCAACUGCCAGAAGUAAUCCUCUCAGUAGACGAGGAAGUUUUAACGACGAUCAUCAUCCAGAUGCCACCAGUACCACGAUGAGCAGCGGGCAUCAUACUCCUGAACACUUGGAUUACAAUGAAAUGGGAGAUUUGACCAAAGUUCCUUCCUAUACUACGGCUCUCAAAACCCCUGUGAGAGGAAUGAGUUAUACCGAAGCAUUGCCUAAUUACGAAUCUGCCAUCUCAGCACCACCAAGCCCGACAUUACAUGCAAGUUCUGGCUCAAACACACCGCAUGAGCAGCCAUUGGACGGGGGCCAUUCUCAUUCACACUCACACUCACACUCAAAUUCUCAUUCGCACGCGGAUACGCAUAGACAUCACCAUGGACCGGGAUUUUUGAGAAGAAACCCAUUCUCUAGUAUGGGAUUCACACCGUUGCAUCCAACAUCACAUGCACAUUCAGGGGAAGCAGAUGAAAGGAGGAGAUUGCACUUGUUACAGCAUAGAGAUAGGGUGCAUUAAAAGAAGGAAGAUUGGAUAAAUUAAUGGAAUAGACCAUUGGAAUGGAAUGCGAGAUCCAGACAUCUUUUGGCGCACGAGGGGUUUGAAAUAGACUUGUUACAUUGGGAAUUUUGGGGGCGUUCAGCUUGAUACCUUUUGAUGAGAUACCGUUAUAGAAGCGUCAAAUGCUGGAAGGUUAGAAAAUGGGAGCAAGAGGCUGCAUUUAGUAUUAAUAUUCUCCCCGCUCUCGCGAUUUUGGAGCCAUAGUUUCUCUUGAAUACUUAAAUUCAACAUUUUUAACUUGACCAAUUUCUCAUGAU